GUGAUUUGUGCAAGAGCGGGCUGGCAGGCUGCGUGCCCUGGACCUGAGUGGCACUGGCUUACCACCCGAGGCCCUGCAGGCCCUGGGCCAGGUAGCUGGGCUGCAACUGCAGGAGCUGAGCGUGCACAGCUGCCGGGACCUCUCCACAGAGGCUGUGGCUACCCUGUGCUUCCAGCAACCAGGCCUUACCUCCCUGGACCUCAGCGGCUGCUCAGAACUGACUGAUGGGGCGCUCUUGGCCGUGAGCCGGGGCCUGCGGCACCUGCGGCGCCUGAGCCUGGGGAAGCUGCAGCGGCUGACAGACGCAGGAUGUACAGCUCUGGGUGGCCUGCGGGAGCUGCAGAGCCUCAACAUGGCGAGUGCUGCCUGGUGAGAGGGCAGGAACUGGCCCAGGCCCUGGGCUCUGUGCACAGGGCUCCAUCCCAGCUGGCCUCCCUCAGCCUGGCCCACUGCUCUUCGUUGAAGCCACGCCCAGAGCUGGAGCAUCAGGCCUCAGGCACCAAGGACCCCUGUCCCGAGCCACAGGGCCCCUCCCUGCUCAUGCUUCGGGCCCUGCAGGAGUUGGACCUCACAGCCUGCAGCAAGCUGACUGAUGCCAGUUUAGCCAAGGUGCUCCAGUUCCCCCAGCUGAGGCAGCUGUCCCUGAGCCUGUUGCCAGAACUUACAGACAAGGGCUUGGUGGCUGUGGCCGGGGGCUGUCCUAGCCUGGAGCACUUGGCGCUGAGUCACUGCAGCCGCGUCAGUGACAAGGGCUGGGCCCAGGCAGCCAGCUCCUGGCGGAGGCUGCAGCACCUCAACCUGUCCAGCUGCAGUCAGCUCACAGAGCAGACACUGGAUGCCAUUGGGCAGGCGUGCAGGCAGCUCCGGGUGUUGGAUGUGGCCAUGUGCCCUGGCAUCAACAUGGCCGCCAUCAGACGCUUCCAAGCCCAGCUGCCCCAGGUGUCCUGCGUCCAGUCCCGCUUCGUGGGAGGGGCUGACCUGACCCUAACACUCUGAGGCCGGGUCAGUAACCAGCCCUGCAGCACAGCCUUCUUGACUCCCCCAGUCCCCAACCCUGGCCUUGACCUGGCUUGCCUCUUGCCUCCCUCUACUGCAGACCCUCUAGGACUGGGGGUGGGGCCAAUCCAGGGCAGCCCAGAGGGAACUUCCCGCCACACCGCCUGACAGUAGCCUCUUUCUAGCUACACAUGGCUGCCACAGGCCCCUGGAAAUGCUAGCUACUUGUUUGCCGUCACAGGCUCCUGCUCUCUGGCCAAGCCCUGGGCGGGAGGCCAGGCCCCCAGCAGGCGGGGUCUGGUGCUGAGAGGAGCAGAGCCCCUGCCUCUUGCCUGCCCUCUUCUCAGACCUAAGGCCCGGCUCCACCUACUCCUGUGGGACUCUCCCAGCACCCUGUGUGCACUGAGCUUCAGCAGCUGAGCCCAGGUCUAUGUUGUAAACCCUAAGAUUAAAUAUUCCAGAUAGUACCUCCUUGUCUUAAAUUCCCAGACUAAAGGGCCCCUCCCCUCCCAACUUCAGCUGAAGUGGCCCUGGGGCAGGCAGAGAAAACCCCAAGACAGGAGACACGUUCCUUCCUCAGGCCUGGCCCACAGCCCCACGGGGGCUCCCGCCCUGGCCUGACACUCCUAGCAUCUUCCCCACACAGUAGGAGAUCCCGCAGGCUUGGGUGUGUCCUGAGGCAAAGGCACAAGCUGUGUGCUUGUCUCAGCCAGAUUCCAGGAACUACCAUGAAUGAUGCCUGAGUCAAUGAGGCUGUCCUGAGGGGAAAUAAGAGGAAAAGAAUGAAAGAGGCCAGUAUCUCUGGGUGAGAGGGUCACUACAGGUCACCUAGUCCAGCCCCUUCAAUGGUGCUGGUGACUUCUCCAUGGCAGCUCUGGCCCUUGGCGUGUCCCCGCACCUCCUCCGUAUUCGUGUUCACUGGUUGUAGCAGCGAGCCAGGGCUCCCUCAGUGCCUGCAGGGACUGUGCUUUAUGUGGGGAGUCAGAGGGGUCAAAGCUCUCCCAGCCCCAGGGCCAGCUGGGGAGGCAGAGAAGCCAGCUAGCAGGGACAGUCCAGUGUGCAGGGUGCGGGUGAAGAGAGAGACAAGCACCUGGGACCAGAGCCCAGGGAGCAACAAAUUGGGCUUGGAGGGUCCAGGAAGGAAUCAGGGCAGUGAAAAUGGCCAGAAGAAAGGAAGGGGGUGAUCCAGGUAGAAGGCACUGUGGGGGUGCACACAGGCAGGCCACAGCUGUCACUGAGGGGGUAGUCUAGGCAGGGAGGAUGCCAGCUCAGACCAAGCAUCAAGAACACUGCAAGCCACAGGUGCUCAGGUGAAAGGGCUAAACCAUGGUAUGUCUGCGACUCACCUGGCUCAACUCAGGUUCAGUCAUGGAAACUAUGGCCAUUAACCCAUGGACAUGAAUAGGGCGACAUCAAAUAUAUGGGAUGUUUGUGUGUGUGUA